UCUUUCUAUUUCUCUCUCGAUCAAGAACUCGCACCCAUCACUCGGAAAGUCAUCUGAUGAUGGGAAAUAGCAGAACAAAUGAAAAGGACAAGCCACCUGCUUCUGCUAAUCCAUUAAUACAAUUAAACAAUGAUUAUACAAAGAGCAUUGCUCCAAAUAUGCAUUCAGUUGGUGGUGUGAGUUUUCGAGAAGGAAAUUUUGCUGGUGGUCGUUUCGAUUCCGUCCCAGAUAUGCCUGUUGCCCCUGGUUGGGAGAACAUGUGCUCAAUAAAUCAUUCUAUUGCCCAAGGGAUCCCUGAAACCAGCGGAAACCAUAUGGCUUAUCUGAUGAACUCCAGUAGCUUUCAGAAUUCCCAAUUUAACCUGCUUUCCAAUACUGCAAACACAGAUAUCCCAGAAGUUCCAUUGAUACCUGAAUGGAACAUGAGAUGGAGUCCUCAGUUUAUCAAUCAAGAACACAAUGCAAUUUCUGCUGGUGGAUUGAACAAUGGGUCUGGUACUAGUAGCUUUGAGAAUCCAUGGUCUAGUAAGAACCCAACUACUGCAAGAAACUUUGUUGGAGAUUCUCAGAUGAGCAGGCAGGGUAGAGAAUCAAAAUUUGCACCUUUUAAUAGACCACAUGCAAAUGCAGAUAUUGUUGGUUCACCUCUGUCAUUUGGCCCUAGAGACACUGCUACAGUUCAUACUCGAAACAACGUCAACUUCAAUACCAGUCAAUGUGGGGUUCAAGGAAAAGUUGAAGGUAGUUUCCUGAGUCUUGGAAUUGGAGGCACCGAUGAAACCAUAACUAGACCACAAACGGGCGUCCGAGAGAUGUCUGAUACGCUUAAAGAAGCAGCUUCAGCUGAGUUACAGAUAGCUCGUGCUCGGAGAGCUAUGGGUCAAACUUUAGAUGCUGGCUUUAUGGGUUUACAGAGAAACAUUAGUGGCUUCUCUAAUCAAUCAUGUCAUGUGGAUCGAAUUACCUCAACCAACAAUGAAGCUGGAGUUCAGUGUACUCUAAAUAGUGGGCCAGGUUCUAGCCCUUAUCAUACAUUACAAAUGCAACAAAAUGAUAUGCAACAUGGCAUCUCUAGGCAUGAUGAUGGUAGCUCAAAUUUUCUGAGUAGCAGGAAUAUAAGAUAUGGUGAUUUGGAUCAUUAUAGAGCCUUUGUGGGUAAUCAAGCCGCAAAUUCAGGGACAGUUGGUGGUAAUUCUGCUCAGUUCUUCAAUUCCCAACAAUAUGACUUGAAUGGGUUAGCACCAGAAUCUUCUAAGCCUUCAUGGAUCGCGUCUCAUACCCCUUCUGGCCAGCUACAGAGUAUUCGUUACACAACUGUCAACAGCCUACCAUUGGAAAGUUCAACCAAUUCUCCUUCUCUUGGACUUGGAAGCUGUUCUACCCGGCAGAAUUAUGCAGGGCAACAGCUCUUGUCACACAAUGGCAUGUCUACUCAAGGUCUUGGUGGUAGUCUUUUUCCCCAGAGGAUAGCAGCACCUCAAGUAGCUUGGGUUAGCAGUGGUCAAGCUGCCACAGAUGCUCCAUUCCCCAAAAGGCUGGGAGUUGAGCUUAAUGGGAAAGAUAGUCCUCAAGUUGCUGAGAGACAUCUAUCUACCAGGGGAACAAACUUGCAGACAACCAGUACAGGUCAGAUAUGUCAAUUUCCGGACAAAGGAUCCACUUUCCUGCCAGAUCAUCUUCUUCAGCGUUCUAUUGAUCGGACUGACGGAACACCUGUUAAUUAUCCAUUGAAUUCUCAAGAACCCUUUUCCGCUCAUGGCCAAUCUCAAGAUGCCUUGAUUCAGCUUCCUAAGGAUCCUCGAGCAGCAGCUUCUACCAAUGCUUCAACUGUUGAUGAUCUCUCCCAAAAGUCUGACUUCCAUAUGAGGCCUUCUCACAAGAGAACUGCAGUUGCUCCCCCUUCUGCUUCCCAUUGGGUUCAGCGCCAGAAGAUAACACAUCCAACCAUUCAUCAUUCUGUUCCAAUCCCAUUCCCUACAAAACUAGCUAUUCCUGGAACAACUGCUCUUGUUCAUCCUUCUAUACCGGUCGCAUCACAGAGAGAACUUGGUUGUCCUGUAUCUGCUUCUAUUCAUCCUUCUAUACCUGGAACAUCUCAUUUUAAAUCUCGGAUUCCUGUGAAGCCAGCUCCUAUUGCUGCUCAUAUUGCAUGGAAAGAUCCCGACAGAACUCCGCAAUUGACGGGAUAUAAAUGCUUGCUAUGUAAAAGAGACCUUUCUUUAACAUCGGAAGGUGCGGUUUACCAACCCGUGCCGCCACCACCGGUUGCGGUUCUUCCUUGCGGGCAUACUUUUCAUGAUCAAUGCUUGCAGAACAUCACUCCGCAAGACCAGUCGAAAGAUCCGCCUUGCAUUCCUUGCGCGAUCGGCGACAAUUAGGUUCGGUAUCUAACCCUACUUUUUAUGGGUUGUUAAGAAUAUAUAAAACAAAUAGAGAUACAAGGGGGGUAGGGGAUAGUUAUGAUUAUAUGUAUAUACAGGAAAGGAGAUUGAUAUCAAUUGGAUGGGGAUUUGAUGCUGAGAUAUGGUCUGUUGAAAGCUUUUACAUGAUCAUAUAA